AUGACUGUCAAAAAGUCCAUUACUAUGGAGCAAUCGACGGCAGACGACUUGAAGAAAGCAUUGACGACUACAACUGAAGUUGAUUUGGACAGCACAAUCAAGAUCCUAGACAAGGCUGCCACCUCUGAAGCUGCUAAGAAACUAGUGAAUCCACUCGUUUUGUAUUCACUGGCUCAUAAAAAGGCCAGAAACUCGCUGACGUAUCGUGCUGUUUUGGCUGUUAGCCGCAGAUUGAAUGCCGUCAAAGACGCUUUGGUCCAAUCUGUUGAACCAAACGGGAGCUUAGAGCCUCUGAUCCAGCUGCUAAAUGUCUCCUCGAUGCAUGGAAUCCUGCUCGCCUAUCUUCCCGAAUCUCCUCUUGGUCAUAAGCUUCGAACUAAUAUCUACGCUGUGGACAUGUUUGUUACAUCGCUGCUCGUAACUGGUACAACCUCCCUCAUGAGUGUCAGUGGUAGCGUGCUACGGUCGCUGUUCUCCCCCACUCAGUCUCAAACGGAUUCAGUUUCUGUCAAGGUUGAAUACUAUCGUAUGGAUGCCUACGGUGAACAGAUGGUAAACUUACAUUACAAAGCACUAUCGUGGCUAAUAUCUCGAGCCUCGCAAAAUCAAACUGGAGGCGACUUCCGAAUGGUACCAUUUGAAGAAGACGGAUACAAUUACGACGCCACCGAAGAAGAUGAUGCGGGUCCUCCCUUCAAUAUUCUCCCGCGUGGGGAUGGUGUAUUGAAUGUAGAAAAUGACGGAUUCAAAUUUUCAGUGUAUUUUGAUCAUUCUGGUGAUAGUGGUGAGGGCAAGAAGGACGAUAAUAGAGGAUGGAGCUCUUCAAGGGCUGUUACCAGUGAACCACCUAUAAUUAUACAGCGAGUGGAUUCUGGCCCGACUGAUAUUUCCUGGAUGCAUGCAUGGUUGGUUGGUGUUACUAAGAGCUAUUUGAAGGAAGAGACCAAGAAUAAAGUUAGAGCUAGAUGGGAGAUGAGAGAGACGUAUUGGGCUAGAAUACAUAGUUUGCAUUCGAAUCGAGGUUUGGCCUCUGUUGCAUUAGAUCAGCCUCAAGAAGAAUUACUAAAGCGUGAUCUCGAUACCUUCUUGGCUGAUCGUGAUUUUUACGCUCGAAUUGGUUUGCCUUAUCGACGUGGCUACCUGUUUUCCGGAAAGCCUGGUACAGGAAAGACCUCAUUGAUCAACGCCCUGUCUGCAACAUUUGACCGAGAUCUGUACUAUAUAAAUCUCAAAGACGUCAAGGAUGACAAUGCUUUACAAUCGUGCUUCUCAACGGUUCCCAAAAACUCAAUCAUCGUAUUCGAGGAUAUCGAUGCUCAGUCGCCCAUAGUACAUACUCGAGACAAGAGAGCUGGUUUCCUCCGUCAAGCCAAGCAAGAGAAGAGGCUAGCUGCUUUGACAUCAAAGAAUACAGCCGCCGACAGUGAUUCUGAUAAUAAUAACGACCGAGCGUUCUCAGAUGACUCAGAUUCCGAAAGUGGAAUAGGCAAUCUCGGAAUGUUUGGACCACCAAAAGCACCUGGAUUCGGUGGUAAACUCGCAGAAUUAUUGUCUUCAAUAUCACUAUCUACAUUGUUAAACUGUCUGGAUGGGUAUGCUAUGCAUGAAGGUACCAUCAUCAUUAUGACCUCAAAUCACCCAGAAGUAUUGGAUCCUGCCUUGAUUCGACCUGGCCGUAUAGACACGCAUCUGGAACUUGGCUACUGUACGCAUUACCAACUUCAACAUAUGUACCAAUCAGUCCUUGAUGACGAAGAAGCCAAACUAUCCGAUAUAACAGCCAUACCGCCAAGAGUGAUACCGCCUUGUGAGGCAUUACGGAUUAUGGUCUUGUGGCGAUCUGAUCCAGAAAAGAUUGCUCCGAAGCUCAAGGAACGAGCAUACCAGCUCUUGAAUGGAGCUGAAGCUGACGUUCCAGAUGCUGGAUUGGAAGUGCCUGUUGAAAUAGUCAUACCGAAGAAGCUAAAGAAGGCUGCUAAUGAAGACGACUCUACUGAAACUGAAGCUGUAGACGCUGCUGUAGAUGGUAGUAUAAAUGACAAGGAGGGUGCUGUUGAUGGUGUAAGUGAAGCCAAGAGUGUAGAUGAGGAUGAGUCUUCCGAGGAGACUGCGAAAGAUUCAUCGUCAGAUACUAGUGUACCAGAAAAGAUGUCGGAUUCAGGUGUAUUGUUAGAUAAGCAGCAGCAGCAGCUUGGCGUUCAAGUUGUUUAG